UACGAGUGACACCUCGAAGAAGUCUCUAGUCGUCAGUGCAAUCAAAGUGAGUUAAAGACACCGAUCAAAAUGUUUCGCUUCGUAUUUAUCGUACUCCCAGUGAUCCUAACAAUUAAACCCGUGCAUUCGCGGGUUCUCUACCUGGACCCAAGGAGCGACUUUUCCCCCAUUUAUCCGGAUGACACUGAACAGGCUUCCAGGGAUUUAGAUUUGACGUUUUUCGCCGGUGAGUCUGGGGAAAACGCAGAGCAAAUUCAUCCCGCGAGAAAGACCAUUAUCUAUCCAUCAGAGCGAUCCUUGGCUGGCAACUUGGAACGUCCUAUGUACUACCGCAUCUCAGAAGGCCCCGUAAAAAGAGUUGUCUAUCCUGAUCCCCAGCCUUACGAGAGAAAUCGUAAUUUAAUGAGACUCAAUCCUCAGAAGGGUGAGGUUGUCCUCGAGCUCCGUGUCAUCGCCAAUAACAACAAUGGGAUAUAAUUAAAUAAAAUAAAACAAGGCAAUGUAAAAUAUAUUAAUCGAAAGAGAGAGAGA